CGUCCACAGAGGUGGUACGUAGUACAAAUUUAAAACGGCGUCAAGAAGUUUGGUGAAAUAAUUAAACAAUAUGACCGUGGAAAUUAACAAAGGACCAUUCUUUGGUCAACGACAUGUCCAAGUAUUGUUAAUGUUUCUCUGCAUAACGGUGAAUUAUAUUGUAAAAUAUAAUGCGGGUGUUUCAGUGGUAGCCAUGACUAAUGCCGAGACAACAAAUCCCAACUUUCCAGAAUAUGACUGGAGUGAAAUGGAAAAAUCUUAUAUACUCUCCAGUUUCUUUUGGGGCUACUUUGUUACACAAUUUCCUGGUGGUUUCCUUUGCAAACGUUUUGGUGCUAAACUAAUAAUGUUCAUUUCAACUAUUGGCUCGGCUGCGGUUGCUGUCCUUAUACCGCUCACCGUUGACUGGGGCGGUUGGCAGGUGUAUUGUGGUAUUCGUGUGGUGCAGGGUCUAUUUCAAGGUUUACUCUUUCCUUGUGUACACACCCAUUUAGCCUCUUGGUGUCCGGUUAGUGACCGUAAUCGUUUAGGUGCUUUAGCCAAUACCGGUAUAGAAUGUGGCACCCUGCUAUCGAUGUUUUUAAGUGGUAUUAUAGCAGCUUCAUCUAUUGGAUGGCCCGGUAUUUCUUAUAUGUCAUGUGGUGUUGGCUUAUUUUGGUGUGUUAUAUGGCUUAUGUUUGCCUCCAACUCCCCCAAUGAAUCGAAAUUAAUAACAGAAGCUGAAAGGAGUUAUAUUGAAAAUUCCAAAAAUGCCUUAAAAGAACAAGAGGUAAAUGAAACUGUUAAAUCUAUACCCGUUCCCUGGAGGGCCAUUUUAAGCUCUUGGCCUUUUUGGGCUUUAUUAGUGGCCAGAUCUGCCAAUUCUUGGGGCUUUUCAACUUUGCAAGCUGAAAUACCUUCCUAUAUGAAUGCCGUUUUAGGCAUGGAUAUGAAAAGUAAUGCCCUGUAUUCCGCCUUACCUUAUUUUGCCAUGUGGUGUAUGUCAUAUGUUUAUCUCAUUUUGGCGGAUAUAUUUUUGAGUCGAAAAAUUUUUACACUUAAUGAGGUGAGAAAAACUUUCAACACCCUUUCUGCUUGGAUACCAGCUGUUGGUCUUAUACUAGUGGGUUUCUUAGAUCAGGAACAAAAAACCAUGGCCAUUGUUUUAAUGACGGCUAAUGUGGGUGUAAAUUCGGGUGCUACUAUAGGCAGUGCUUUGAAUACUAUUGAUUUGUCACCCAACCAUGCUGGUAUACUAAUGGGUAUUGUUAAUACUGCUGCCAAUAUAGUGCCCAUUUUAACACCGCUUUUAGUAGGUCUUAUUGUUGAAGAUGAGACUGAUCGUACUGAAUGGCAAAUAGUGUUUGCAAUAUCGGCUGCUGUAUUUUUCUUCUCCAAUCUUUUCUAUAUUAUUUUUGGUUCGACAAAAUUACAGCCUUGGGAUGAUGAAAAUUAUCUUUUGUCCAGGGAUAUACAAAAUGAAGACUGCAAAAAGAAGAAACCUUUAGAUAAUAAGUAA